AUGCAUACAGAGCUAAAGGCAAAACUUCCACAGCACAGCCUGUUUAUCCUUUUGAUUUUUUCAAUUCUACCCUUAAAAGCUCGGAGCUUUGAAUUGUCGUCGACUUAGAUGGGUCACGCCCAAGGUCCAUCCGAGAUUGUAUUCUUCGACGUUGAGACCACUUCCCCCACCCGACACGGCCAGGCUUAUGCCAUUCUGGAGUUCGCAGCCAUCUUCGUCUGCCCCAAGAAGCUGACGGAGCUCCACAACUACUCAACCUUGGUCCGACCCGCCGACCCUUCCCUCAUCUCCCCCUCGUCCGUCCGCUGCAACAGCAUUACUCACGAAGCUGUUGCCGACGCUCCUACUUUUGCCGACAUCGCCGAUAAGGUUUAUGAACUUCUUCAUGAACGGAUUUGGGCGGGUCAUAACAUCUUAACAUUUGACUGUGUUCGCAUCAGAGAGGCAUUUAGUGAGAUUAAUCGGCCACCACCAGAACCCAAGGCUACUAUUGACUCUUUGCCUCUGUUAACUCGAACGUUUGGGAGGAGAGCUGGCGACAUGAAGAUGGCAAGUCUUGCAGCAUAUUUUGGACUUGGACAACAGAUACAUAGGAGCCUAGCUGAUAUUCGAAUGAAUCUGGAAGUUAUCAAAUACUGCGCAGCUGUCAUGUUCUUGGAAUCAAGUUUUCCAGAUGUAUUCACAGUGAAUAGUGGGGUUUCUCCAAACACUCCUAGAAAAAGUUGUAGUCGUGGAAAAUCAUUACCAAAGGGUGGCUCGCCAGAUAUGAAAAUGGAAUCCAUAUUAUUAUCACCAAUAACGGAUCAAUGUCAGAAGGGAAAACGUCCAAGAUCUCCUAUUACAAUGAGCAGUGAAAUAAGUCUUCCAGAAACGGAGCAGAAGAUGGUAGAGAAGCCGGCGGGACGUGGCCUCACGUGCCGCUUGAAUCGGCUGUUCUGGAAAUCUUCCGUCCGCACGUGGAAGCGCGUGCGGCGACGGCAUGGGACCAGAAUUGAGGAACCAGAAUGUCAGGAGACUGUGAACACAGCAGGCCAGCGCGUGGUGACGACAGAGGACAGCGGGAACGUAGAUUUGAGAUGCACUGAAUUAGAUACAAUAGUCGCUGAUGGAGUUCAUCAUCAACCACAAAUGUCUUCUCCGACUGCUUUGUUUGAGGCUACUAGCGGCAACAUUUUUGCAGUUUUGAAGCCCCAUGAUAUUUUUACCUCUAACCUCACUGCAUCUCUUGUUCAAUCGUAUCAUGGCACUCCAAGGAUACAACUAUUGCAUGAUAAUUUCCCUUUUCAGCUUUCUUGUGCUGAUCUCAAAAUCCGGUUUGGAAUAAGGGAUCCUAUGUAUCAUGAUGAUGCAGGCCGACCAAAGUUGGAUUUUGUGGUUGAUGCACCACAAAGCUUGUGUGAGGUUCUUGAAGCUUGUGACGCUAUUGCAUCGAUGUUAUCUUUGGAUUCUGGCAGUAGCUCUGAUUGGAGGCCACUCGUUUUUACCAGAAAAGAGGGCUUCUUCAGUUAUCGCACUGUCAAGUUAAAGAUUCCUAUAACAGAAUGUGGGAACGUUGUCAGAUUUGCAAGUAAAGUAUACAAGAAAGAAUCAUCAGGCACUGUUCAAAAGCUGCGCUUCAAUAAGUCUGAUACUACAGAGCUGGGUUGCUUGUUGAAGCCAGGGACUCCUGUUGAUGCAGUGAUCUCAUUAGAUCCAUUUGACUAUCGACAGAAAGCAGGGAUUAAAUUGGUUGCUCAAAAAUUGAUAAUUCAUGAGUAG